AGAUAAAAUGAAGCCACGCCCAUAUAAUUUUCAUGCUCUCUAAAAAUUUCCUCACCUAUUUCUCUCUCCCUCCCUCUUGCCCGCUCGCGCUCUGGCGAUCUGCUGCCGCCGAAAUUCACGCGAUUUGAUCCUGAGAAGUGAUGUUCACUUCAUUUAACAUGGUGUCAUCCUUGUGAUCCACAAUUCAGGGGAGUGGCUGAGAAUCAAAGAAGAUAUGACUAAGCAUAGGUGGCGCAAUUCCUUGAAAUCCUUCAUUAGGAGCUACAUUGAUCCUGAAAAGGAUGAGGAGCUUAAAGGGGCGAAAGCAGAAAUUGAUGGCAAAGUGCGUAAGAUCUUAAAGUUUCUCAGAGAAGGCCAUGAUGAUAUGAAAGAGCAACUUCCAGAUCUGAUUGAGGAAUUCCAAAAUAACUACCAGUCUCUUUAUGCACGUUAUGAUCAUCUGACAGAGGAGUUGAGGAAAAAGGCGCAGAGCAAGCAUGGGAAUGACAGUUUCUCGUCCAGCUCAGACUCAGAUUCGGAUGAUGAAUCUCCAAGGGAAAAGAGCCACAAGAAUGGUAAAGCUCAAGAUAAUUUAGAAAAUACUGCUGACAUCAAGCAAGAACUUGAAGCUGCAUAUGCAGAGGUUGCUGACUUGAAGAGAAGGUUGGCGGCUGCCAUGGAUGAAAAAGAAGCAUUAAAUCUGGAACAUCACAAUGCUUUGAGCAAGGCAGAGGAAACUGAGAGAAUUAUUAUGGAUUUGAGGAAUGAGUGCGAAAAUUACAAUGAAGCAAAUUCAAAACUUUCGAGCGAAAAUGCUGAAUUAGUGCAGAAGCUUGAGGAGACAUCGAGAUAUGUUGAUGAUUUGAGAUCCAUUAACAGCCAUUUGCAACAAGAAAAAGAUGCCCUCCAACUUGAACUGCAAGCAGAAAAUGAGUCUCUCUUGCUGAAAGUGAAAGAUCGGGAGCUGGAUCUCAGUUCGACGAUCAAUCUUAAAACUGAAGUUGAGGAACAGUUGAAAUCCAAAAGCCUGGAAAUUUCAGAAUGCCUCCUUCAGAUAGAGAGUUUGAAACAGGAAUUGGAGAACAAGAUUGCCGAGCAACAGAAAACAGUAGAAGAGAAGGAGAACCUUGUGGUACUAUUAAAGAAUCAAGAGGAUAAGAUUUCUGACUUUGAAAGGACUUUAAUAGAGAGAAGCAAUGAAGUCACUGCCAUUCACAAGAAAAUGGAGGAUGCACAGAAUGAAGCAGCCCUCCAAAUUGGUGUCCUCACGGAUCAGGUCAAUUCCUUACAACUGCAGCUAGAAUUGCUGCAGUUGGAGAAAAGCCAAAUGGAAGUUCAAAUAGAGAGAGAUAAAGAAGAGUCUGAGGGGAGUUUGGCUCUAGCCGAGAAACAUCAUACUGAAUUGACUGAUAAGAUCAUAGAACAGGACAGAGUGCUCAAAGAAAAGGAUUGUGAAUUAAUCAAAUUGAUUGAGGAGCACAAAAAACUUGAAGUUCAGUUGCAAAACUGCAUGGGAAGUCUCAGAUCUUCUGAAGAGAAGAUCAAGGAGAAGACAGAGCAGUUCGAGAAAGACAUUGACACUAAAAAACAGGAAAUUGAGCAACUCGAAGAACAAAUAGAUGACCUGAAAAGCGAGCUGGAGAUUAAAGCAGAUGAAAUGACCACGUUGGUAGAGUACAUGAGAACUACUGAAGUCAAGCAACGGUUAAUCAGUCAGAGGCUCCACGUCACUCAACAGGAGCUCGGCGAGAAGGAAGAGAUCCACCAGAAAAGAGUGGAGAAGUUAGUGGAAGAGAAAAGGUUGAUGGAGGAGAGGAUUGCGACAUUGUCAGAGAUAAUUGCUGUUUACAAAGAUGCUCAAGCGAAACUGGAGACAGAAAUCUCUGACAAAGUAAACCAUGCAAUUGUAGGAACUGAUACAUUUAGUGUGAAGUUUGAGGAGGACUACGGUCAUUUAGAGUCCCGAAUUUAUGAAAUACAGAAUGAGCUCAAGGUUGCUGCAAACUGGAUUAUUGGAAACAAUGUGGAGAAAGAUCAGCUGAAGAAGGAAGUUACCAGUUUGCUUCAGCAGCUCGAAGAUGAGAAGCAACAAGUGCGCCUAUUGAAAAUGAAGAUCGAAGACUUGGAGAUGAUAUCACAAAAGAAUGAAGAAGAAAGGAAUAGCCUAAUUAAAAACAUGAAACAACAGAAAGAGAAGAUGGAAGAGCUGGAGAAAGUGAUAGGAGAGAGAGAUGCAAAGUUGAGAGAGUUGGAAAGAAAGUUGGAGGAGAAAGACGACGGCAUGUUGAACCUGGGAGUGGAGAAAAAAGAGGCCAUAAGACAGCUUUGUAUCUUGAUUGAUCAUCAUCAAAGUCGAUACGACGAUCUCAAAGACAUGAUCUUGAAAUCAAGAGGUAGGAGAAGGCUUAGAUAGCCUCUUAAAGUUGCCUUGAAUGUGAUGAUCGAUUGAUUAUGGGGUAUAAUCAAGUCCAAAAUCUCAUUUUGUAUUUUCAAAAUUUGUGUUAUUGAUUAUAAGUUUAGGGUUUGAUUUGU